AAAAACGAGGCGGAAUCAAAGCAGGAAGAAGCCAAUGUAGAAAAUACAAAAGAGCAAGAGUCAAUGAAGCAAGAAACAAAGGAAGAGCCCAUGGAAGAAGAAUCAAAAGAACAACCAUCGGGUCAAGAAGAACAAUCUGCUCAAGAAGAGCACCCUGUUAAAGAAGAGCACCCUGUUAAAGAAGAGCACUCUGUUCAAGAACAAAAAUUCACGGAGCAACAGCCUAUGGAAGAACGACAAGGCACAGAGCAAAAAGAAUCGACAGAU